CCUUCACUCCGCGCCCCGCCCUUACGGACAGGAGCCAAGCUGUCUCACCUUCUCCUGCAGCCUGCGAGCUUGCUGCAAUCCUCCCGACAACACCAGCUGGCCCAACGCUCAACGCAUCACCACUGCCGCCCUGAACCACUAUUCAAGCUCAAACCCCGCUGGCCCCACCCAGGCAUCCGCUGUUGCUCUUACUCCCUCGAGCAACCACUCAAGUACAGCCUGAGUGCCUGAAAUCGCUGAAAUCGCCUGCACAGCAUCUGCCACGGCUUCACCCAACCCGCCGCCAACAUGGUGCACACCUUCCGCAUUGUCCUCAGGCAGGAGGCCGGCUUUGACAUUCACCACACUCGUGAGUUCGACCUGGCCCUUGACUCCAAGUUUGCCAUCGGUCGGGCCUCGAAGAACCUGUCCAAGGGCUAUCUGCUGCCUGCGAAGCAUAAUGUCUACAUCGACAGCCCGGUCGUCUCUCGCGAGCACGCCAUCUUGACAGCCAACUCCUCCACUGGUACCCCGCAGGUCUUCAUCACAGACACCAAGUCCAUGCACGGCACCUAUGUCAACGGCACUCCGCUGGUUCCCAACGCUCCGAAGCAGCUGUCGAGCGGCGACCAGUUGCAGUUUGGCGUUAAUGUGAACCGCAACGAGAGCUACUUCAUGGCUUACAGGUACACGUUCAACGCCGAGCUCUCCCACGCCGAGGCCUUCUCACGCGGCUUCACUGUUCCCGAGGCCGAGUCCGAGGAGGAAGAGGUCGAGUGUGUCCACAAGCGUCGCGGUAGUCAGCUCAACCCACUGAUCCUCGAUGAGUCCGAUGCCGAAUUAGAUCCAGAGCACGAGGAUCACGACGAGGACACAGAACGCUCUGACGACAACAACGAUGUGACUAUGGUACAGGAUGAGGAGGAUGAAGUCACCGAGGUGAUCGAGUUGUCUGAGAAGGACGAUUCUGCCGACGGUGCCCUUGAUCUUGAACACACUGCUGACGAAAAGGCCUGGAGUCUUUUCGACAUCGAGAGCGAUGCUGCAAGCAACGGCAGUGCCUCCGACUAUGGUUCAGACUCGCCACUCGUUGACGAGCCGUAUGUCGAGAAUGUCAAGGUCCAGGUCCACUCGCCUGCCGCUCCUCAAACCCCACCAACCCAGUCAGCGCCAGUCGAGCAACACCAGCCUUCGACAGUCAAUGUGGCGUCUCUUGAUCUGUAUGAGCCAGAGCGAGGCCUUGCGUACCCUUCCUUGGCGGGCUUCCAGCACCCUGUCUACCCAGGCCUUUCUCUGCCUCCAGUAUCAGCAGUGACCGAGCAUUACGUUCCAUUCUCCAUGCCGCCAUUUGAGGGCACUGUCGCUCCUCCACUGCCUCCGCGACCUUCCCAGAAGCGGCAGAGGAUCUGGGACGAGGCACCGCGUGCAGAGCCGACAUGGUACGGAGGAGCUCCACCUGGCACAUUCGCUGGCGAUAACAUUGCUACACACUACAGUAGCCACAAGGUCGUAUCGGAAGCAGAGCCCAUCUCUGCCUCGUGGUCAGCUGCAGACGGUAUCCAGACUCCGUCUCCCACAGAGCAUGCCGAAGUGGUUCAUCAGACAUCAUCACCUUUGGCACGCAGGACAGGCGUUGCCAUCACUGAGAUUGUUGAUGAGCAACCACCAACACCCACUUCGAUCAAGAGCCGCAAGCGCAGCGCAGUCGAUGCUUUCGAAGAAGAGGCUGAGCAGGCAACCGAGCAGAAGGAUGUGGAGGCUGAGGCAGAUGCCGAGGAGGCGAUGCCGCUUCAGCCCACAUCCAACGGCACUGCUCCCGAGGAAGCUGUAAUUCCUAACAUCGAGCGGGUUACUGUUCAGCAACAGCGCCCCAUCGCUCAACCAAGGGGUAUCUUCAAGAGAGCACUUGGUGUCGUCAAGGUGAUGGUGCCUGCCACUGCCUUCGGCGCUGUGCUUACAGUCACUGCUCUGACGACUCUGCCUGAGUCUUUCUUCACCGUUGCCUAGACGCACACCCCUUUCACCUUACAAGGACAUCUUACUCUCCUCUCAUCGGGAGUCUCGGUCGGCGUUGAUGGAUAUCACAGGAAAUACAGAGGCUACAAUAUCGGUGAGGCACACUCAGGCGUUCUCCGGUUUACAAUUUCUACAUCUCUCCUGCUUGACAUUGUUUCGGUUACGGAAGGCGUUAGGUGGUCUCUUUGCAAUUCGGUGUCGGUACGCCGCGCUUGUUUGCAUAUCUACGAUUCAUGAUAGCAGUAAUGACAUAUCUUCAAAUUUG